AUGGCAGUCCGACAAUGUCCGAUGAAAUCCGACGUAGUCCAUAAUGGUCUGUGUAAUCUGGUGAAGUCCGAUGAAGUCUUGAAGUCAAAAAUCUUGAAGUCUUAUAGUCCGGUGUAUACCUAUUUUCCCUAUGGUCCACAAAGUCCGCCAAAAGUCCGGGAGCCAAAAGACCAGAAAGCCGGUAGUCCUGAAGCUGGAAGUUCUGAAGCCGGAACUCCUAAAGCCGAAAGUUCUGAAAGCGAAAGUCCUGAAGUCGGAAAUCUUGAAAUCAGAUGUCUUGAAGCCAGAAAUCUUGAAAUCCGAUGUAUACCUAUUUUCCCAGUGGUUCAUAAAAUUCCUGGAGCUGAAAGUUCUAAAACCGGAAGUCCUAAAGUCGAAGUCCUAAAGCUAGAAGUCCAGAAGCUGGAAGUCCUGAAGCUGGAAGUCCUAAAGCUGAAAGUCGGAACUCCUAAAGCCGGAAGUUCUGAAGGCGGAAGUCCUGAAGUCGGAAUUCUUGAAGCCAAAAGUCUUGAAAUUCGAUAUAUACCUAUUUUCCCAGUGAUCUAUGAAGUAUACGGAAAUCCUGAAACCGUAAGUCCGGAAGCCAAAAAUCCGGAAGCCGAAAGUCCUGAAGCUGGAAGUUCUGAAGCCGGAAGUUCUGAAGGCGGAAGUCCUGAAGUCAAAAGUCUUGAAAUCAAAAGUCUUGAAGCCAGAAAUCUUGAAAUCCGAUCUGGAAGUCCUGAAACCGUAAGUCCGGAAGCCGAAAGUCCGAAAGCCGGAAGUCCUGAAGCUCGAAGUUCUAAAGCCGGAACUCCUAAAGCCGGAAGUUCUGAAAUCGAAAGUCUUAAAAUCAAAAGUCUUGAAACCAGAAGUCUUGAAGUCAGAAGUCUUGAAACCAGAAAUCUUAAAGCCAGAAGUCUUGAAGUCCGGUGUAUACCUAUUUUCUCAGUGAUCCAUAAAGUGCGUAAAAUUCGAUGA